AUGAUCGCUGAGAUCUUUAAGAAGGAAAAUAACAAGAACAAGGAGGAGCUUCAGUUUUUCUUUGAUAAGCCAGAUGAAAAUAUCACAUUGCAGAAGCUACUGCAGAAGGCUGUUGGUAAAGCCAUGGAGAGUCAGAAAGGACAUCUGGACCUGUUCCUGCGGUUUCUGAUGGGCAUUACACUGAAAUCUAGUCAAAACCUGCUCACAGGCCUGAUCACACAUACUGAAGACACUACACUCAAGGAUCAUUCAUUAUAUGAGGAAAUCCAGAGAUACCUCAUUUCAGAUGAACAUCCAGGAAGAAAACUCUCAUCUUCAAUGUGCACCGUGCUGACCUACGUACUGCUGAUGUCAGAGAAGGUGCUGGAUGAGUUCAACCCAAAGAGAUAUACGUCAUCACAAUCAGGCUUUACAAGACUGGUUCCAGCUGUGAGAUGCUGCAGAAAAGCCCUAUUUGACGGCUGUGGUCUUGAUGAGAAAUGCUGUGAAACUGUAUCUUCAGCUCUCCAAUCAUCAGACUCUCAUCUGACAGAGCUGGACCUGGGUAGCAAUCACCUGCAGGAUUCAGUGAAGCUGCUGUAUGAUGGACUGAAGAGUUCACACUGUCAGCUGAACACACUGAGGCUGUAUGGCUGUAAUCUCACUGCUCAGUCUUGUGAGAGUUUGUCAUCAGCUCUACAAUCCUCAAACUCCCGUCUGACAGAGCUGGACCUGAUUCAUGAGGAGAAUAACAGGGAGGUCUGUGAGAGACCUCUGAAUCUCACAGUUCAUUUAUGGUCAUAUUGUUCUUACGCAGACAUACUGUACAGAAUUUUAUUUCACGUAUCUGUAUAUUUUGUCACACAUUUUUUACUUCUGUCCUUUUUCUCUCUCUUCACAGAAAUUUCAGAGACGGCAGAGAAACACACCGAAAAACAAGCAGAUUUGAUUCUGAAAGAAUUCUUGGAAACUCUCAAAUCCAACAUGAAGAAGAAAGCAGAAGGUAUUUUUGAGGGCACAGAAGAAAAUGAAGCACAUCUCCAGGCUGUUUACACAGAGCUCUUCAUCACAGAGGGAGAUAUGAAGGAGGUUCAUCAGGAACAUGAGAUUCUGAAGAUUGAUGAUGCUUUCAAGAAGAACAAAAAAACACAGGACAAACCAAUCAAAUGCAAUGAUAUAUUUACAUUAUUAAGGGAAAACAAUGAGAAGAAGAUUGUGCUGACCAAGGGAGUCGCUGGCAUUGGAAAAACUGUCUCUGUGCACAAAUUCAUCCUGGACUGGGCAGAAGGAAAAGCCAAUCAGGAUAUACACUGUGUGUUCCUGCUUCCAUUCAGAGAGAUUAACUGCAUUAAAGACAGAGAGUUCAAUCUCCAUGAGUUUCUGCGGAAAUUUUAUCCUCAAUUGAAGAACAUGGAAAAAUCAAAGUUAUAUGAGAAAUGUAAACUUGCCUUUAUAUUUGAUGGACUUGAUGAGAGUCGCCUGCCUUUGGAAUUUGAAAGCGAAAUAGUGAACGAUGUUGAGGAAAAAUCAUCUGUAGAUGUGCUGUUCACAAAUCUGGUCAAAGGGAGUCUGCUUCCAUCAGCUCUGGUCUGGGUGACAUCACGACCAGCAGCAGCCAAUCAGAUCCCUCCUCGGUAUGUAGGUUUGUUCACUGAGGUGCGAGGAUUCACUGACCAACAGAAGGAGGAGUACUUCAGAAAGAGAAUCACAGAUGAGACUCAGGCCUCCAGAAUCAUCAAACACAUUAAGACGUCUCGUAGUCUCUACAUCAUGUGCCACAUCCCUGUGUUCUGCUGGAUCACAGCAACAGUACUUCAGGAUCUUCUCAUCAACAACAGUGAAGAGAACAUCAGCACAACACUCACUGAAAUGUACAUCCACUUCCUGCUGAUACAGAUGAAUAUUAAGAACCACAAAUAUGACAAAAAGACAGAAAGAGAAUCUACAAAGAACUUAGAUUCAAAUAGAGAAAUUAUUUCAAAGUUAGCCAAGCUAGCGUUUGAACAGCUGAAGCAGGAAAACGUUGUGUUCUAUGAGGAAGAUCUGAAAGCGUGUGAUAUUGAUGUGAGUAAAGACACUGAGUUCACAGGAAUGAUAGCUGAGAUCUUUAAGAAGGAAAAUGUAUUUCAUUACAAGAAGGUUUUCAGCUUUGUACAUCUGAGUGUUCAAGAGUUUCUCGCUGCAGUGCAUGUGUUCCUCUGUUACCUGAACAAGAACAAGAACAAGGAGGAGCUUCAGUUUUUCUUUGGGCCAUAAGAAAAUAUCACAUUGCAGGAGCUACUGCAGAAGGCUGUUGAUAAAGCCAUGGAGAGUCAGAAAGGACAUCUGGACCUGUUCCUGCGGUUUCUGAUGGGCAUUACACUGAAUUCCAGUCAAAACCUGCUCAAAGGCCUGAUCAUACACACUGAAGACACCACAGUGUGCAUCCGACAAACAACUGAACACAUUAAACGUGUACAAAACCAGAAUGGCUCAGAUGAAGCUUCAGUCAACCUAUUCUACUGCUUACUUGAGCUCAAGGAUCAUUCAUUAUAUGAGGAAAUCCUGAGAUACCUCAUUUCAGAUGAACAUCCAGGAAGAAAACUCUCAUCUUCAAUGUGCAACGUGCUGACCUACAUACUGCUGAUGUCAGAGAAGGUUCUGGAUGAGUUCAACCCAAAGAGGUUAACUUCAGAACAAGCAGGCUUUACAAGACUGGUUCCAGCUGUGAGAUGCUGCAGAAAAGCCUUAUUUGACGGCUGUGGUUUUGAUGGAACUUGCUGUGAAACUGUAUCUUUAGCUCUCCAAUCAUCAAACUCUCAUCUGACAGAGCUGGACCUGGGUAGCAAUCACCUGCAGGAUUCAGUGAAGCUGCUGUAUGAUGGUCUGAAGAGUUCACACUGUCAGCUGAACAGACUGAGGCUGUAUGGCUGUAAUCUCACGUCUCAGUCUUGUGAGAGUUUGUCAUCAGCUCUACAAUCCUCAAACUCCCAUCUGACAGAGCUGGACCUGAGUAACAAUGACCUGCAGGAUUCAGGAGUGAAGCAGCUUUCUGACGGACUGAAGAGUCCAAGCUGUCAGCUGGAGAUCCUGAGGUUUUCCAUAUGUAAUCUCACUUCUCAGUCUUGUGAGAGUUUGUCAUCAGCUCUACAAUCCUCAAACUCCCGUCUGAGAGAGCUGGACCUGAGUAGCAAUGACCUGCAGGAUUCAGGAGUGAAGCUGCUUUCUGAUGGACUGAAGAGUCCAAGCUGUCAGCUGGAGAUCCUGAGGUUAUCUGGCUGUAUGGUGACAGAGGAAGGCUGUGGUUAUCUGUCUUCAGCUCUGAGUUCAAAACCCUCACACCUGAGAGAGCUGGAUCUGAGCUACAAUCACCCAGGAGAUUCAGGAGUCAAGCUGCUCUCUGAAAAACUCAAGAAUCUGGACAAACUCAAUGUGGAUCAUGGAGGAGAAUCCAGAAUUACAGCAGGACUACACAAAUAUUCCCAUCAGUUCACUCUGGAUCUGAACACAGUGAAUAAACGCCUCCGUCUGUCUGAGAACAACAGAGAGAUUACAUUCACUAACACAGAUCUGCAGUAUCCUGAUCAUCCAGACAGAUUUGAUGUGUCUCAGGUGUUGUGUAGAGAGAGUGUGUGUGGACGCUGUUACUGGGAGAUCAAGUGGAGCAGAGAUUAUGUGUGUGUAUCAGUGUCAUAUAAGAGCAUCAGGAGGAAGGGAGGAGGUGUCGAGUGUGUGUUUGGAGGUAAUGAUCAGUCCUGGAGUCUGUACUGCUCUCCUGACAGUUACUCAUUCAGACACAAUAACAUAUGGACUCCUCUCCCUGUGAAGCCCAUCAGCAGCAGAACAGGAGUGUGUGAUGAUGAUGAGGAUGAUGAUGAUGAUAUCUAUAGAACAGGAGUGUAUGUGGAUCACGGCGCAGGAACUCUGUCCUUCUACAGCAUCUACAGAAACACAAUGAGACACAUCCACACACUCCAGACCACAUUCACUCAGCCGCUCUAUCCUGGGUUUAAUGUUAGUCCUCGAUCAUCAGUGAAACUGUGUUGAUGAAUCAGAAGAGACUGAUGAGAGAUUCUACCCAUAAUGCUUUGAGCUGCGUGAUGAAUCACUAACAGAUGUUACAGAGUCUCUUCAUCACAUUAAUAUGAACAUCAAUCAGAAUAAAUGUGUGUCAGAAAUCCUCACAGAGAGUCAGAUCAGUCAUUUAUUCAGAAAAUAUUCAUGUUAUCAUUCGUCUCAUUUUUCUGGAUUGUUUUUGUGCACAAAUAAUAAAACACAACGACAGAUCAUCUUGAGAUCAGAUUGUAAUUGAUGAAUAUGUAAUAUGUAAUCUCUAUUUCUAGUUUCUCACUGUAAAGAUGCUUUGAAUAAAAUAA